GUAAAUGCAAAAUAAUAAUUAAAAUUUGCUUUUUUUAAAAAGAAUUCUCCUAUAAUUAUUAGUCACCAAACUACCUUUAAAUAAUUUUUAAAAUGGAUUGUAUUAAUAAUAUCAAUGUGUUUUGCGAUAGCUUUCGGGAAGGGAAUAUGAUCCUUUAUAAACAUUAUGACGACGAUAACAGCACGGUAUUUCGAUUUCGAAACAAGCAUACGGUGGGGCGUGGAUUCGGUGGGGUUAGCACGUUGGGUCUUCUUCCCAAGCUUGAUGUCUCUAAUAUCUACGCUAUAGUUAUAAAAUUUCAAGAUAGAAACGUAGAAGAAGCAUGCACAUUAUUAGAAAAUUAUGAAAUUCCCGCUCAACAAAUGAUUCAAGAUAAUAAAAAGUCAGUGAAAGGUGAAAAUUUUAUCAACUUUCUUAAACAAAUGGAAUUUUACGUGAAAAAAGAGAAGCAUAACUUUUUUACGUCAUAUUUGGUAACUAUUAAAAAGUCUCCUGAUGAUGAACCAAGACAUGAAUCCUUGGAAAAUUGGUAUCAUCGUAAAAUUAAAAAGGAAUUAGGCUUGGAUAGUAUUGGUUCUUUUGGUGCCACGAUUGCGCAAAGUAUUCUUAUUGGCUUUCUUGGCGAUCAAAUCAGUAAUAUAUAAUCUUAAUAUAAUUACAUUUUUUAUAUACAAUACAACCGUUUGUAAAUUAGUAAAUUAUAUAUUUACAUUGUAUAGUUCAGUUAAACCCUUUUUUAAAUUAGUAAAUAUAUUUACAUUAGUUUUAUAGUUCAUAUUAUUUGAGCUAAAACCUUUUUUUUUAUCAUUAUAUAUUAAAUAUUACUUUGCAGAAACCUGGUGUUUUUGCAACCUAACAGUCACGUGCUUGACACCAAUCUUGUGAUGACAUUUUUUGCUAAGUUUUCGAUGAAAACCAGUCUUGAAAUAGUAGCGAGUUGGAUCGACUAAUUUGCUUAAGAUGCAAAAAAUAUUUUUUUUUUUUGUUUUGUAUUAAAAUAGUUCUUUUUUGAAGUGUUAAAAAUUCGUGAAAUUAAAUGUGAAUAUAAAAUUUAUAAACAAUAAA